AUGGCAGUUGUUCAGGCCAACAAUUUGCUGGAGGAUCAAAGUCAGAUUGAGUCGGGUUCUCUGAGCUUGCUCGAUUCUGGCCCCUAUGGAACGUUUGUCGGGGUAUAUGAUGGUCAUGGUGGGCCUGAAACAUCACGUUAUAUCAAUGAUCACCUCUUUCAGCAUCUCAAGAGGUUUGCAGCUGAACAAAAUUCCAUGUCUGUUGACGUAAUACGAAAAGCAUUUCAAGCAACAGAGGAGGGAUUCCUUUCUCUGGUUGUUAAGCAGUGGCCAACGAAACCUCAGAUGGCUGCUGUCGGAUCUUGCUGUCUGGUUGGAGUGAUCUGCGAUGGGACCCUUUAUGUCGCGAACCUUGGUGAUUCCCGGGCUGUUUUGGGGAGACUUGUCAAGGCUACAGGAGAAGUUCUAGCCCUCCAGCUUUCAGCUGAGCAUAAUGCAAGUUUUGAGUCCGUCAGACAGGAAUUACAUUCUAUGCAUCCCGAUGACCCACAGAUAGUGGUUUUGAAGCAUAAUGUAUGGCGUGUAAAGGGUCUGAUACAGAUUACGAGAUCCAUUGGCGAUUUAUAUCUCAAAAAUGCUGAGUACAAUAAGGAGCCAUUGUAUGCAAAAUUUCGUUUGCGAGAACCUUUCAAAAGGCCCUUAUUGAGCGCGGAUCCAUCAAUUUCAGUGCAUGAACUUGAACCACAUGAUCAAUUUCUCAUACUUGCUUCUGAUGGUCUUUGGGAACAUCUUAGCAAUCAAGAAGCAGUUGAUAUCGUCCAAAAUAGCUCUCACAGCGGAAGUGCUCGGCGGCUUGUAAAAGCUGCUUUGCAAGAAGCGGCAAAGAAAAGGGAGAUGAGGUAUUCUGACCUGAAGAAGAUUGAUCGUGGGGUGAGGAGACAUUUUCAUGAUGAUAUCUCUGUCAUAGUCGUGUUUCUAGAUUCAAAUCUUGUGAGUAGAGCCACAUCACUUAGAGGGCCCUCUGUAUCUCUGAGAGGAGGUGGUGUGAACCUCCUAGCAAGAAGUCUAGCUCCCACUCCCACAUAACUUGGUACUGCUUGAACUUAUCACUUUGUUGUAUACUCUACUGUGUCCUUCUCGUGACAAGAUCUUGUAGUAGAUUAACGAGAAAUAACAGAAGGUGCAGCACUAAUUUAUUCUUUUGAUGUACAAUGUAAUGUUUUUGAUGUUCAAUGGUAACGUUUAACUUGGAACAGGUGUCUUCUUAACUUUAUGAGCAGGCAAGAAGAUUGAAGAAUUUACAGUAGAGAUUCUUUCUUGAGAAUGUACUUUUCUGCUUAUUUCAUUUUCCUUUCUUACCACCCGUUUGAUCCAAAGGUAUCAUCGCAUACAUGGUGUAAAGCUGAAUCCCAACGAAUAAAUUUGUUCAUUGUUACUUAA